GGUUUGCGGCAUUUCUUUCUCUUUCCGUGUUAGAAGUUCAACGAGGCAACACGUACGUGUUCGGCCCGUCGUGAGCAAAAAUGGUGAACCACCGUAUUCCUUCGGUCUUCUCCAAGACCUACGUUACUCCACGUCGUCCGUUCGAAAAGCCGCGUCUCGAUGCGGAAUUGAAGAUUAUUGGCCAGUACGGCCUGCGUAACAAGCGUGAGGUAUGGCGUGUGAAGUACACGCUUGCCAAGAUCCGCAAGGCUGCUCGUGAGUUGCUCACGCUGGAAGAGAAGGAUGAGAAGCGCCUGUUCCAAGGUAACGCCCUCCUGCGUCGUCUGGUUCGCAUCGGUGUGCUGGAUGAGUCCCGCAUGAAGCUUGAUUACGUGCUCGGCUUGAGAAUUGAGGAUUUCCUUGAGCGCCGUCUGCAGACCCAGGUGUUCAAGCUGGGAUUGGCCAAGUCGUACCAUCACGCUCGCGUUCUGAUCCGCCAGCGUCACAUUCGUGUCCGCAAGCAGGUCGUGAACGUUCCUUCGUUCAUCGUCCGUCUGGAUUCGCAGAAGCACAUCGACUUCUCGCUGAAGUCGCCCUUCGGUGGUGGCCGUCCAGGUCGCGUCAAGAGGAAGAACCUGAAGAAGGGCCAGGGUGGCGGCGGUGCUGCCGAAGAGGAGGAAGAGGAUUAAACUGCUGGUCGCGGUUGGUUGUCUAAACCCUAAACAUUCUGUCACUCAGCUAGAUGUAAUAAUAACAACAAGCAUUACAUGAGUGUCACCAACACGA